GUUAUGGUAUGACAGAAUGCACGAUGGCAUCUCAUGUGCCAGAUCUCAAGAAUAAUAUACCUUUCGGAAGUGUAGGAAAAGUCGCGUCAAAUUUGCGAAUGAAGAACCACUGCUCACUAAUCGUCAGUCUACAGAUAAUUGAUCCUUCGUCUGGGAAGGAGAUGCCGGCCGGGAUGCCGGGCGAGAUCUGCAUCAAGGGGCCAACGGUGAUGCUUGGCUAUCUGGGCAAGCCAGAAGCGACAAAAAGCACGAUCAUUAAUGGGUGGCUGCAUACAGACAGACUUUUUUCGUUAAUGAAUGUUCCCAGUCCUAUAAGAAAGCAAACAACAGCACGCACCAGAUCGUCCAGAUUUUUGCUUGUUCCCGCAGUUACAAAAAGAACAUAUGACAGGAGUUUCACUGAGAAUGCUGCCGUUAAUAAAAAUGUUUUUUAUUAAAC